GUAAAGACUAUCCACAAAAAAGCUAUAAAACAAGAUAAAUUAUACUCCCUAAAUUUAAAGAAGGCAAGAUCCAUGAGUGGGCAUCGGUCAACAAGGAGACGAUGUGGAGAUUCUCACCCGGAGUCCCCUCUGGGCUUCGGGCAUAUGAGUACUCCAGGGUGUGUAUUAAAUAAAUUGUUUCAGUUACCUACACCACCAUUGUCAAGACACCAACUUAAGCGGCUAGAAGAACACAGGUAUCAGAGUGCUGGACGGUCCCUGCUUGAGCCCUUAAUGCAAGGGUAUUGGGAAUGGCUAGUUGGAAGAGUUCCCUCCUGGAUUGCCCCAAAUCUCAUCACGAUCAUUGGAUUGUCAAUAAACAUCUGUACAACUGUUUUAUUAGUCUUCUACUGUCCUACAGCUACAGAGCAGGCACCUCUGUGGGCGUAUAUUGCUUGUGCAUGUGGCCUUUUCAUUUACCAGUCUUUGGAUGCUAUAGAUGGGAAGCAGGCAAGAAGAACCAAUAGCAGUUCUCCUUUGGGAGAACUUUUUGAUCAUGGGUGUGAUUCACUAUCAACAGUUUUUGUGGUUCUUGGAACUUGUAUUGCAGUGCAACUGGGGACAAACCCUGACUGGAUGUUUUUUUGUUGUUUUGCUGGGACAUUCAUGUUCUAUUGUGCACAUUGGCAAACAUAUGUUUCUGGAACAUUGCGAUUUGGAAUAAUUGAUGUGACUGAAGUGCAAAUCUUCAUAAUAAUCAUGCAUUUGCUGGCAGUGAUUGGAGGACCACCUUUUUGGCAAUCUAUGAUUCCAGUGCUGAAUAUUCAAAUGAAAAUUUUUCCUGCACUUUGUACUGUAGCAGGGACCAUAUUUUCCUGUACAAAUUACUUCCGUGUAAUCUUCACAGGUGGUGUUGGAAAAAAUGGAUCAACGAUAGCAGGAACAAGUGUCCUUUCUCCUUUUCUCCAUAUUGGAUCGGUAAUUACAUUAGCUGCAAUGAUCUACAAGAAAUCAGCAGUUCAGCUUUUUGAAAAGCAUCCCUGUCUUUAUAUAUUGACAUUUGGUUUUGUAUCUGCCAAAAUCACCAAUAAGCUUGUGGUGGCACACAUGACUAAAAGUGAAAUGCAUUUGCAUGACACAGCAUUCAUAGGUCCAGCACUUUUGUUUCUGGACCAAUAUUUUAACAGCUUUAUUGAUGAAUAUAUUGUACUUUGGAUAGCCCUGGUCUUCUCUUUCUUUGAUUUGAUUCGCUACUGUGUCAGUGUUUGCAAUCAGAUUGCGUCUCACCUGCACAUACAUGUCUUCAGAAUCAAGGUUUUAGUGGGCUGAAGCUACAAACUGAGGUUCUAGAAUCUUUUUCAGCGUAAAGGAAAUCUGGAAGACGUUCAGGUAUUUGGUGUGUGCUUCCUUCAGCUCUAGAUAACCAUCCUCAUCAUAUCAAGGGUACUUUUAUAGUAAACCUCAGCUGGUCCUAAUUCUUCUUGUGAUCAUAUUGUAUAUGAUUUUGAUACCUGAUUAGGUAUCAAAAUCAUCUGAAGAAUUUUUAAAAAUACAGGUUCCCAGGUCCUAUCUCUAGAGAUAUUUGGUAGGUUUGAGAUGGGGCCUCAUAUUUUCAUAAGCUCCCCCGGAUUCCAGUCCUUGUUAAACCUUUUGAGUUACAACUAGGCUUAGGAACCACUGCCAUAAACUACCUAAAAAGGUGCAAUAACUCUUGGAAGCUGUGAAGAGUAGCAGCAUAGUUAGGGGUGGCAUGUGGACGGUAGAACAUGUGCCACCUGCAGUAGGUCUCUGUGACCCUAAAAUAAAAUUAUAUUGGCUUUAACUUCAAUUUGGUAACCCUAGUCCCCAUCCCACCCUCCAACAACAUUUGUGUUCUUUGUACAGAAUGCAGGGGCCUCUGAGGGCCACACUCACAUACACACAUUAAAAAGAUGGAAUUUUUGAAAAACAAGAUGCUUCUAAAAGUUUCCCAUCCCUUACAGUGUUUAAACAGAAACCGUCCGUAGAGAUACAGAGGGAAGAAGGACCAGGUGGCUACUAAACUCAUUUGGACUUCUAAGAUUUUGAUUCUCUUUUCUCAAAGAGAAAAAAUGUCAAUGCGGGGAUCCCUCUACCUUUAGCUAAAGAGUUGAACUGGGCUUCUCAAAAUAUUGAAGUUGGAAGUAGGAUGUCUAAAAUGGAAAGUUCCAAACUGGAAGUGAUGGGCAGACAGACCUAUUGAUGGAAACAGUGUAGUGUUCUUCACUGGCUUCUGUCAACUGAAAUUCCUACCCUCAAGUUACUCGACUGCAAAUGCUUCACUCUGGCUAGCAGCCUUUCCUCCCAGGAUUCUGGACAGCACACCGAACUAGAACCAAGAACUGCUGCCAUGUCCCCAGUGCUGUUGCUGCUUUUACCAGUAUCCCUCACCCUUCCUAUUAGAAGGCUCUGCUGACCCCUGUAAUUCCACCACUCCAAACAGUCCCAGAGUUCUGGGCACUAUUGCCAGGUCCUCUACUU